AUGGACAGCUGCUCGGUUUGCGCUGCCGCUCCUGCCAGCGGGACCACCGAGAUCCAACUGGAUCAUGUGCGCGUGUUCAGUUUGAUGCGCCGCAACGCGGACAUCGAGUCUGAGGUCAGGGGCGUUAAGCAUCCCAAUGCAUUGGCCAUAGAGAUGCUCUCUAGCCUGAAGCUGCAGCAGGCAGCCAUUCAGGACAUGCUAAGCACCUCGCAGAUACAGCUGUCGGAGCUCGCAGCUAAGAUGGAGAAGGUGCCAAAGGAGACAAACUGCACCACGGUGAUCCGUCUCGAUGGAGCUGGUCAGGACGUGAGCGGCCAGGAUGACUUGCAUGGCAUCGCGGACAAUCAACCGGUGGUUCUGGUCAUGCAGACCUGCAGCCACGACGCUCCCUACGGGGAGCAUUUCAGAGUUCAGGAGACACUCCGGUUUGUCCGCACGGACGGCGGCGUGGAACUGCAACGUUGGGUGGAGGUGAUCUGGGUGAAGUCCUUACCCUGGUCGAUGACACCUUUGAAGAAGAUCAUCGAGGUGAAGACUGUGACUGGGGCGGAGGAGGCCGACAAGGCGAUUGUGCAGUUCAUUCAGGAGGCGAUUGAGACUGCUGCAGAGUAG